UCUGGGCACUAUCUGACACUAUCUGUAUGGACUUACUUAAUUUUUGUAGCAGACGAAAAACAUAACCUUUUAUUUCAAGAUACUCGAUUGUUAUUAAAAGUUCGAAUGAAUUAGAAUAAAGGUUAUUUAUUGCCUUAUGCAUAAUGGCGAAUGACAGGGAAGUACUGAGAGAAAUUUGGGAUGGUAAAAUUCCUGUUUGUUUUACGCUUGAUUCCGAGGAAAUAUGUGAAUUACAAGGACCCGACCCAUUCUAUCUUAUGGUACCUAGGUUAAGUUAUUUCCCACUCUGCACAGAUAAGAUACGAAAACAUUUUAUAAGACAUAUACAAAGUGACAGUAAGCAGGAGCAUGAGAUGUGGUUAGAAUUUAAUGGUAUCCCCUUAAAGUGGCACUAUCCAAUUGGUGUUCUUUUGGAUAUCUAUUCCAAUGACGUUGAAUUACCUUGGAAUAUCGUCGUUCAUUUUGACAGGUUCCCAGAAAAUGUUCUGAUGCAUUGUCAAAAUAAAGAAGUAGUGGAAGCAUAUUUUCUCUCCUGUGUAAAGGAAGCAGAUGUAUUAAAGCACAGAAGCCAGGUUGUAUCCAGUAUGCAAAAGAAAGAUCACAAUCAAUUAUGGUCUGGUUUACUCAAUGAUAAGUUUGAUCAAUUCUGGUCUGUAAAUCGAAAACUUAUGGAGGCUAGUAACACGGAGGAAGGUUUUAAGUAUAUACCAUUUCGAUGUUAUACGAGCGAGGACAAAUAUGUACAAAAACUUGUGAAACCUGUAAACGAGGAAGGCCAAAGAAAGACGUUAAGGCAUUUACUGAAUGAAGUAUUCCCAGACAAUGAAAAUGUUACAGUGUUCACUCAUGGUAUUAGCCCACCUUUGGAAACACCCCUCCAAUGGAUGUCAGAACACAUGAGCUAUCCUGAUAAUUUUUUACAUUUAGUCGUGACAUCAUAACCCACAAUGAGACAGCCAAUUGACUAAUUAUCAAUGAAAUCGUGAGUUAAGUGCUGUUUUCUCUCACCAGUAUUACUGGUAUUCUAAUCAAGAUCGCUUUACCACGGGUCUUUUAAUAUUAUGUGCUUAGUCGUAUAUUUAUUUUAUACGAAGUCAUAAAUGACCCUCUAAUUUUUCCUGGAUGAUACCGGUUAAACGCAAAGCUGUUACUGUUGCUUAUAUUCUUGUAACGCACGAACAUACUCAAACUCUGUCGUAAUGGCAACGUUGGACUUGUGCUAAAAUCGAACCGAUAUUGGACCACGUUUACUAUAGAUCGAUCGGAUUGUAAUUCAAUUUACAAUAUUGUAUUCGGAAGGAAAUAUAUUGUAUAAAUAUAAUUGCAUAAAUAUUUAAAGAA